UUACUGAACGCACGUGUUGCAGCUUAACAAUGAGGCGGAGUCGUCACUCCAAGCGGCCUUGAGGCACAGAGUGAGGCAGUUGCUGCUCAACGAGGAAGAAGAGCUGCCUACAACUACAAGGCUCGUAAUCAUCGAUCAACUGCAGCGGCUUGGUGUGGCGUACCACUUCGAGGAGGAGAUCAAAAGCAUCCUCAUCUCCAUGCAUCAUGGACCCAAGGACGAUCUUGAUCUUGAUCUUGAUCUAUCGUCGGCAGCGCUUGUGUUUAGACUGCUCAGAGGACAUGGCAUUCCUGCAGCACCUACAGAUAUGUUGAGUGCAUUCUUCGGGGGUGGCAAUAACCAAAAGGCGGCAAAGGACGACAUGGAUGGAUUGCUUGCUCUGUAUGAAGCUUCCUACCUUGCCUUCCCAGGAGAGGCUGCCGUGCUUGACGAAGCAAGAGCAUUCGCCGUUGAGAACCUGCAGAGGCGGCAGCAGGCGCCGUCGUUCAUGGACGCCCUGCCUUUGCAGUGGACAGCUCCGAGGCUGCGAGCAAUGUGGUCGCUGAGAGCAGAUUAUUGUUGCGACGACAAGAGGAUUGAUCCAGCCAUCGUGCAACUGGCUAAAGCCGACUUCAACCUGGUGCAAGCAGUUCAUCGAGGAGAACUCGUGAAGAUAAUAAAGUGGUGGAAGGAGAGCGGGCUGGGCGAGAAGCUGGCGUUCGCAAGGGAUCGUGUGGUGGAGUCCUUCUUCUGCGCGGCGUGCAUCGCGCCGGAGCCGCACCUGGGAGAGUGCCGGGAGGUGCUGGCCAAGACCAGCGCCAUCAUCGUCCACCUCGACGACAUCUACGACCUCUACGGAACGCCCGACGAGCUCGAAGCCUUCACUGACGCCAUUGGGAGGUGGGACAAUGUUUCUGCGGCGGCGGCGGCAGGGGCACUCCCGGAGUACAUGAAGGCGAUGUACUCCGCCAUCUGGAAAACCUCAGUCACUGCAGCCGAUCGUGUCCUGCACAAACAUGGCUAUCACGUGCUUCCACUCUACAAGAAAGCGUGGCAUGAUCUGUGCAAGGCUUUCCUGGUGGAGGCACAGUGGCAGCACCAGGGCUACAGGCCGAGCUUUGACGAGUACCUCACCAACGGGUGGGUCACGUCCACCGGGCCUCUCCUCCUGCUCCAUGCUCUCCCGACCAUCACGCAGCAGCCGGCAGAGAUCAUGAGCAUGCUGCAGGUGCCUUGGAAUUCUUCCGGCAGCGGCAGCGGCAGCGGCAGCGGCGCCAUCGAGUACCCGAGGCUAGUUGAGUUGUCCUCCCGGAUCUUCCGGCUAUGCAACGACUGCGCCUCGCACCAGGCGGAGUCGGAGCGUGGCGACGCCCCCUCGUCCAUCGCCUGCUGUAUGACGGAGAUGUGCGCCAGCGAGCAACAAGCCCGCGCCGCCGUCCAAGACGCCAUUGCCGACACCUGGAAGGAGCUCAACGAGGAGGUCGUCGUCGCCGCUGCUGCCGCCGGACAGUGGAACCCCUGCUCUGCGGAGAGCAUGGCCAACCUCUGCCUCAACCUUGCCAGGAUCAUCCACUGCAUCUAUCAGGAUGGGGACGGCAUCACGUCGCCGACUCAUCGCACCAAGCAGCUGAUCAAGGACGUGCUCUUCAACCCUAUCUAGAGUAAUAACUUCCAUUCCAUAUGUAUUCACAUGUGCAUAUACUUCACCCACCGGGUUAGACAGAGUGUGUAGCAGGACAAAACUAUUUAGUCCAAUCAAUAGUUCGCAUCAAAUUCCAUGCAAUAAAUUGCUCUUCGUUCAGCUAUUGGACUGGAC